GGACGCCGGCGGAGCUGCGACUGUUUGGAGAGCUGUCGCCUAUCUGAUUUCUGCAUCAAACACUAGUGCUUCCUAUCCGUAGCUGACUACGUAUCAGUGUCGGCGCCACAGGCCGUCUUCAUCCAUUUGGGACCAUCAGCUGCACCCGCUACUGCCCUGUAGCUGCUCCACGGCCCUUGUCAAGCCCGCAUUCAGCCUUUCUCCCGCCCCGUCGCCCUAUGAGGCCCCCUGAAGCCACGACGAUGGACGGCAGUGAUUGCUGACCACGUCAGGAGGCAAACGCUCAAGAUCCUGAUACGACAUUCGGUCGGUCGAGGUGCCUUCUCAUCACCAUGGAUGCAGAGGAGCAUCAGCACGGCAGUGAGCAGCCGGCGGCCGCUUCAUCGUCUGCAGCUGCAGCUGCCGCCGGGGGCAUGCCUGUCCAGAUGGAUAUGGAUCUUGACGCGGCCAGGGAGCCGGGUGCAGACAACCAACCGGCUGCUGCGGCUGCUGCGGCCGCUGCUCCUGGUCCACCCGCAGCCCCCGACCAGGACGAGCAGGACCUUUAUUUCAUGAUGGUCCGCUUCCUCAAGUCGGGCCCUUUCCGCUCCAUCGGCCAGCAGCUCGAGAGCCGACUCGACGGCACGCCGUUCCUCCCACCCCUCAUGGACUGGGAGGGCCGCCAGGAGCACACCACAUACGCCGAGGUUGCCUUCGCCAACCGAGGGGUGGAGCCAGACCGCCUGCUGGGCGUGGUCAAGGAGCUCCGGGAGCGGCGGGGGGACGCCCAGAUGGAGCCGCGGAUGCGGGCGAUCCACCGUGCUGCCGAGCCAGACAGGAGGAAGGAGCUGAUGGACCGGCAUUUGUUCCAUCGGAUCCGCAUGGGGCGGGCGGGGGGUGCGUUGGGUGCGGCGGGGCGGCCGCUGUCGCGCGACGUGUUUUACUUGGCUGCGGCGCGGCGGAUGCAGCAGCUGGCGCAUUUCUUCAUCCACAGGACAGCUGAGGAGGACAUCCAGCCGGCCGCCAUCUACACCACACUCUUUGACAAAACCGGUGAGUGAGUGCGAGGCCAGAGUGACACACAUGGCCAGCCACAUGUGGAGGUGUCUGUGUGUGUGUGUGUCUGCAGGUGAGGUGAUCAUCACUGGCGGCGACGACGGCCUGGUGAAGCUCUUCCACGCCCGCACCGGCAACCUGGUCUUCGCCCUCCGCGGCCACGACGACGAAAUCACGGACGUCGUCGUCUCCUCCGACAACCGAUUCAUCGCAUCAAGCGACCUCAAGGGCAUCGUCCGGGUGUGGCGCAUCAGGCACACCGCAUACGAGCCCGUGGCGGUCAUCCCCCACGGCCGACGGGUGGACUUCAUCCGGUUCACGCCUGCGGGUGGCCGGGGGAGCGACGGGGGCGUCCAGGACUUGAUGCUGCUGACGGUGACCAACCACGGGAUCUGUCAGACCUUCCCUUUGGCGGCGCUUGAGGACUGCGGCGGGCGGAAGUUCCUCGGGGCGUACCACCAUAUGGUCGAUAUACCAGGUGACCUAGAGAGGGAGGGAGGAACGAACUUGUGGGCGCGGCGCAUUUAUCAGUGUGGUCUCUCUCUCCUCUCUAUUGUUUGUGUCGUGUGGUCAGGUGGCCGUCGUUUCUCGGUUCAGUCGUUCGAGAUGGCCAAGUGCCCCGUCCCCGCCCCCCCACGCGUCAAGCAGCCCACACUCGAGGGCAACAUCCUCUGGGCCACCGGCACAUCCGACGGUGUGCCACGGAUCUUCCGCACAUUCCCCCUCCCCGCCACACACCCACUCGUCACGGCUGCAGAGGACAAAAGCCCAAUCGAGCUGUUCUCCCUCCCAUAUGGCGACAGGAAUCGGUCACCCGCACGGCCGCGGGGUGCCCCGGGGGGUGGUGGCGACUCGCAGGAGGCUGACGAGCCGGCGCCGGCAGCAGCAGCUGCUGCGGCCGCUGCCUCGUCGUCUCAGCAGCAGCAGCAGCCGGCACACCAGCCUGUGGUGAUUGGUUCGUCCCGCGAGAUGCGCGAGAGGGAGGAGCGGAAGAUGCACGACAGAAUGUACAAGCAGUCGAAGCUGUAUGAGCUGCACGGGGAGCACACGGCGGGCAAGACCAUCGUCAACGUCACCCUCGCGCACAACGGGGUGGACCUCGUCAGCGCCUCCAGCGACGGCUCCGUCGUCAAGUGGGAGAUUGCCAAUGCAGAGGCGCACAAACAGGUACAUAGCCCUCUCACACACACACACAGCCACCCGCAUCAAUCUGCAUCUCUCCCCCGUGUGUCGCUGCCCACCAGGUGCCGCGGAAGGUGUUGCGGCCACGUCAGGUGCCCUACGGCGGCGGCACGUGCCCGGCCCCGAAGGAGGGCGAGAACGCCUCCCUGCUGCAGAAGAUCUUCUGCACCGACCGUGGGGAUGGGAGAGACCUGUUCGACGACCGGCCGCGGUGGGUGUCGAUGGUGGACACCAUCGUGUGGACGCAGACGGACCGCUGGAUCGUGGUGGCUGAGGCGGUGGCCUCGAGCGUCAACCCCAAUGACGUGGGCGACAUGCCGCGGGCGGUGGCACUCACCAGCUUCGAUGCUGUGACCGGUGGGUGGGCAUGCUGUGGAUCAGGGGGAUGGAUGGAUGGAUGGAUUGUGGGUGGCUGGGCUGUGUGUGUGUUGACUGACACAGGUAAGGAGUGGCGUACGAUGGGCCGUGACGUGUUUCGGCAUCGGCUGAUGGUCAUGGACGCACACCCACAUUGCUCGCGCAUUGUCAUCGGGGCCGCCUACGAUGGCAAAGUAGGCAAAUGACGAGCCCAGCCAGCUAGCAACACACAAGCAGCUGAGCUGUGGCUCUCCCCUUGCCACCCUCUUUGUCUGUCUCAGGUAGCGUUGUUUGACGUGGUAGCUGGGGAGACCCUCAAGGUGUUCACGGCUUUCAGCCACCACUCGGAGCGUGCCUUCGUCGACGGCCGCUUCAAUCCACAGGGCGACCUCUUCGCCGCCAGCGACACAUACGGAUGCAUCUGGCUUUUCGGCACUGGUGAGUGGGUACAUGGCCCCUCUCCCCCUCUCUCAAUCAUAUGUGUCAUCUCUGUCGUCUUUGUGGUCAGGUCUGCGGGAUACGUACGCCUUGACGCCCUACGAGCAGUUCUUCGAGGGCGAGCACCACGCCCUCACGCGCGACGACCACUUCUGCCUGGUCGACCGCAACACUCAGGUGCCCCCGCACCAGCUGCCCAGGCGGCUGCUGUGCGACGCGCGGGGGUUCGCAUACGAGAUACAGCCGCCCGAGCCCGCCCCACUGGCCAUGGCGAGGGAUUAUGGGGACGACGACCAGCUGCAGCAGCCGGCUGAUAGCGGGAUGGCCAUGGACAUGGAGGCACGGAUGCAGGACAUGGUCAGAGUGCGGCUGCCCAAGAAGAUCACCAAACGACGGCGACCCCCUCCACCAGAUAACGCGGACCAGCAGGAUGCUGCCGCAGCUGCUGCUGCGUCGUCUGACGGGCCCCCACCCCCUCCCCCACCAGACAGCGGCCCACAGCCACCGUUCUUCGGUGCUGGUUGGCCUUUCCCCUUCCCUAGAGCCCCACCUCCGCCCCCCGACGCCCCCUUUGGUGGCCUGGGGAUGCGACCCAUCGGCCGACUCGACCGGAUCGGCGAUGGACCUGCCCGCAUCCCACGGCCCUUAGGGCGGAGGGAUGAGGCGCCUGCACCCGCAGCAGCAGCAGCUGCUGCUGCAGCACCAUCGGCAGCAGCAGCGGCAGCGGCAGCUGAGCGUCCUUCUGUCCCCAUGGACGACAUCCGCAGGCUGGUUAACCGUCCGUCGCCGCGGUGGCGUGGUCGGCGAAGCGAGCGUGACGACGCGAGGGCGAUGAGGCUUGCCGCGGCGCUGCGGGACAACGACUAUGAGACACUCAGGGAGUUCAGGAGAGAACAGGUGAGUGUGGGCUUGGAGGGAGGGGAGCAGAGAAUGAAUGCCACACUUACCCAUCUAGCCCUCUUUGUCCAUCUUUCUCUUCUUUCGCAGGCCCAGCGGCUUCGGAUGCGUCGCGCCCAGCACUCGUUCGGCCACCAGGUGUACAUCAACCCCGACGCAGCCAAUGCGCCCUUCCCACCCUCAACCCCCUCGCGACGACCACACGCACACGCCCGCGGCACACGCCAGUCCGCCCGGCUCGCACAGGGCCAUAACGUCGUCACACUCAACGACCUGGCAGACAGAGAUGACGCGGCACAGCAGCGUCGGAGGGGCGGCCGGGGUGGGCGGGGGAGAGGCUCGUCGCGUCGCGUCAUCUACCGCGACGACCGUGAGCUGUCCCGCGAGAUGCGCAUCGACAGCGACAGCGACGAUUCGAAGGCCGAUCCUGAUUAUGAGUACGAUUGGUGGCGGUCGGCAAGGGCGGGGAGGGGGCGGAGGAGGACGGUGCGUGGGGCUGGGAGGGGUGGGCCACAGAGGCCACAGCGCCGAAUGAGCACUCGGUCGAGGCCGGGCAUGGAUGACGAGUCGCAAGAGGUGAGCAGCGGGCGCCCAUACACACAUUAAAGUAUCCCUGUGUGUGUGUGUGUGUGUGUGUGUCAUGAUGUGCAGGGCAGCAGGCGUCGUGAGAGCCGUGCCCGCGAUCGCAACGACUACACGUCCAACAGUGACAGCGACUCCAGCCUGGCCAGCGACCCAGGGGUGAGUCACCACACCACACAUCAACACAACACACCCACAUUUACAUAUGUGCCUCCUCUCCCCUUCUGUCUGUCUGUUGUCAGCUCGCGAGGCUCCGCGCCGCCACCACUGAUGGCUUCGUAGAGGUGGACGGCAAGCGCAUGACCGCCCGUGACUACCGCGCCUACCUCCGCAACCAGAAGCAGCAGCGGCUGCUCAACGAGACUGCCACCGACUCCGACCUCGGCACGCCCGCGCGACACAGGAGAGGCCGAGACAGAGACAACCGCCCCAGGAGCCCCGACAAACGGGGCGGAAGGCGCAACCUCACCCGCAAGAAGACGCCAGACAACGACACGGGCGAGGUCCCUCUGCCCCCGUUUGUGGUGGCCAAGGGCGACGACACGCCGGGCGAGCACGUGUGUGCGGUGUGCGGCAAGGGGCCGAGGCUGGUGGGGGGGCUGGUGGGCCCUGCGCGUCGGGAGCCGCUGGCAGGCCCGUUCGUGGUGCCUGGCAAGGGCGGUGAGGGCCGCAAGUGCUGGUUCCACCUGCAGUGCCUCGGGGCCAUGUCGGGGCUGAAAUUCGACAAGUAUGCCAGGGGGCUGAUCAAUCUCAAGGUGAGAUGGAUGACUGACACAGGGAGGGGACGGGAGCGGUGGCUGUGCCGUGAAGGCACCAUGGAAGCAUCCGUGUGUGUGUAGAGGGAGUUGGACCGCAUGGGCGGGUGCAAGUGCAGCGGGUGUCGGUCGGGCGGCGCUUUGACGGGCUGCCAGAACCAGAAGUGCAAGCGGACCUACCACUACUGGUGCUCGCUCAGGGAGAAGAACUCCCUCGACAGGACCACCCUCGACAUCCUCACCUGCAGACUCUACCUCUGCAAAUCGUAAUGUGGACACACACCUCACCUCACAGACACACACGUCCACACAUGUCGAAUGGAUGCGUCUGUGUGUGUGGCUUUAGGUGUCGUGAGGGUGACUCGCUCAUCAAGCAGUAUGUGCGUGGCGAGCUGUUCCUGUACCCCGAGAUGCGCCAGUGGCUCACCGUCAACGAGGUCUGCACGGGAGGCGACUACGUCCCACAGCUCGGUACACACCACCACCCCACCCAGACCCACCCACACCCACACACACACACACGAAUGCCGACAGAGGGAGGGAGCACAGCACGGCUGACGUGUGUGUGAUUCGAUUCGUGUGUGUUUUGUUUGGUCAGGCGACGUUGUGCGGUACUUCCCCCGUGCGCACAUGGACGACAUCGGAAUGGAGCACGACGACGGCCCCCUCUACCGCGGCGACGUCCCGCAGCUGCUCUACCCCUCACUCCUCCAACCCUGCGACGCCAUCGUCGUCGACAUGACAUUCGACUUCCCUGGUCGGUCAGCCGCAGAGGAACACACAAGUGUGAUGGAGGAGUUUGUCUGUGUCUGUGUCUGUGUGCGUGUGUGUGUGCAGGCCAUGCGGAUUCGCCUUGCUGGGUGGGUGUGACCCCUCUCGGCCCAAUCGCUGCGGUGCUCACGCUGCAGAUACUCGAGCCCCAGCCUGACGCAGGUGAGAGACAUCACUCACAGGCAGGCAGGCAGGCAGACAGACAGGGGCAGAAAGGGAGCCCAGUCACAUGGUCUGACACACCUGUCCACUCCACUUCAGGCAAGUGCUUCACGGUGCGUUAUCGGCCCUUCGGCGUGGCGGAGUUCCUCACCCUCCGAUCGGACGUGCUCAAGGGCCUCAAGCGCAACGCCGACAACCCUUUGCGCAAGGGCCACCGGUGCUACUGCGUCUUCGACAACAAACGGUCCGAGGGCAAGGUCAUCAGCACACGCAAGCCGCUCCCAUGGCCGCCCAGGAACGUCCACAUGCCAUUCCCACUCGACGAUCGGGGGCCACCUGCCGCCUCACCUCCACCAGCACCAGCACCACCACCAGCACCAGCACCUGCAGCUGCUGCAUCUGCAUCGGCCAAUGACGUGGCUGAGCAGCUCGACUCCGCACAGCAGCAGCCGCCACCAGAUCCCCAACCACCAGCAGCAGCUGCUGGUGGUGCGGCAGACAACGACGAGUCGCAGGGCACCGUGCAGAACGAGCCGGUGGCCUCUCCCCCUCCCAGCAGCCAGCCGGGGAGUCACGAGAGGUCCAAGCGCGAGAAACGGAACAGCGACGAGGCCCUGAUGAAUGUGGAGGUCCGCCGCAGCCCCUUCUUCGACCGCAUGGACUUCCGCAGCUCCCGCGUCCCGGUGGUGGCUCGGGCGACCGAUGACGGGUGGGAGUGUGUGCAGGUGGAGUGGGACGAUGAGCCGAAUGAGCCAGGACAGGUGAGGUGGGGUGGGAGCCACACACAAGCACUGACACACACACACACACAGAGCGAGAGAGACUUAGUGUGUGUCUGAGUGAGUUUGCUGUACGUGCAGUGGUUGAGUGUGUGGGAGGUUUACCAUCUGUUUGAGGCCACACCUCCGCACGAGGAGGGCGCGGCAGCAGCAGCCGGCAACCAGCCACAGCAGCAGCAGCGGCAGCAGCAGCAGCAGCCAGGUGCGGCUGACGAGCCCCCCGCCCAGCCAGCAGACGCCCCACCCCCGCUCCCACAGCCGGCCGACCAACAGCACGAGCAGGACAUGGCCGACGCAGCAGGGGCGAAGGAGGAGCAGCCGGCAAGUAGUGCUGCUGCUGCGGCUGGUGGUGCCGCUGCCGCUGCGGCUGCAUGUGGCGGUGAUGUGGGUGUGGUCGAGGAAUGGCCCGAGAGCAUGUCCGACGACCGCCGUGAGUACCUCAUCUCGUGUCUGGAGAAACUUAUGGAGAUACCUGACCCAAACCCACUGCCAGGGUCAGUGAGCGAGCGAGCCACCCACCCCCCACUCACCCACCCACAUGGUGCCGCAUCUGUGUCGGUGUCUGUUUACAUGGCAGGAUCUAUCGCCGCGACAGUUCUGCUGGCGUGCCCCGUCGGUAUUUCGCGUUCGAGGACAUGAUUCCCCACUGCAGGGAGACCGAGGAGUCGCCCAGGAACGAUGAGGGCAACGAGGGUGACGGUGCUGGGGCUGCUGGGCGGAAGCGGCGUCGCCAGGCCAAGUCCAAGAACUGGAUCGAGACCUACUGGAAGACCAUCCCCUACCCCAUCUGCCUCAAACUCAUUCUCACACGACUCCACAACAAGUGAGGGACGGAGUGAACGAGCCAGCCCAGCCAAACACACCACCGCACCAUAUCCACGAUGUGUGUUGAUCUGAUGUGUUGUGUGUGUCCACAUGCAGCUUCUAUCGUCGCGAGGCGGCCUUCCUGUUUGACAUCGUGCUCCUCCGCUCCAACGCGGAGCGCUUCAACGGCCAGGACAACCCCAUCGCAGAGCGGGCCCGUGAGCUGGAGCAGCAGAUCGCAGGCCUCCUCGACCACAACGAGCUCCCCGUCGACCCAGAGGACGGCUCCUUCAUGCCGCCAAUCCACAUCGAGCCUCCAGAGAUAGUCGAGGAGGAGGAGGAGGAGGAAGAGGAGGAGGAGGAGAUGGAGGAGGAAUAUGAAGGAGAAGAAGAAGAAGACGAUGAACACGAAGAGCAAGAGGAGGAUGAGCCUGAGGAGGUGGAGGACUCCCGCGUCCGCGCGGCCCGCCGGCGUGUGAGGGACCGCGGGUCGUCGGAGCUCAUGCCGCCCCCAUCCGAGCUGCCCGGUGCUUUCCUCGAGGGCCGCCGUCUCAGGAGUCGGGAUGGCGGCCGGCUUAGGCGCCGCUACGCGCAGGAGGAUUCUCAGGAGACCGACGGCCUGGUCAGAUCGCCUGCCAGACCCCGAGUGCGCCCACAGCGCUUCGACGAUGACGUGGUCAUGAUGGACGACGGUCGCCCGAGGCCCAAGACGCGUCUGCAGGCCGCAUUGGCCCAGGUGCAGCAGCUCUCAUCUGACAUCCACGAGGAGGAGCAGGGUGGGCAGAGGGCCCGCCGACGAGCUGCGGCAGCCGCGUGCCGGAAGCUCAACAGAAUCCGACGGAUGGAGGAGGAAGGCAGCCCCUCGGACGAGUAUGAGGUGAAUGAGAUGGCCGUCGACAUGCAGAGGCCGCCACCGCAGCAUCACUACGGCACUCGGAGGGCCCAGCCUGCACGGUUCCCAUCGACGGAUGAGGACUUCGCGGGCGCACCACGCAGGCAGCGUGACGGCUCUGACGACCUCCAACCAGGGCCCGCAGCGGCAGCAGCAGCAGCAGGCGGCAAUCGACAGAGGAGGGGUCGGUAUCGCGAUGCUGGUGAGGUUGAUGACAUGGCCCCAGCUGCGCACUUGCCCAAGGAGGUGCGCAAGCUCCUCGACCUCGACAACCAACCGCGACACCCACCCACCCGAGGCCAGCGCAAGGACUCACAGGAAGACGGCCAUGCAGCCUACCACGAUGACCAUCACAUCCGGCCCAGGCGGAAGCGGCGUGUUGACGACGACGACGGCGUGAAUGUGGAUGAGCAGCCGGGGGGUGAUGAGGAGCAGGGAAGGCAGCAGAAACGGACACGGCGUCAUCCGGGCCCCGGUGAUGAUAUGCCCAAUGGCAGCAGCGGGGCGGCGCAUGAGGACGGCUGGAAGGGGCGUGUCGGGAGGCGGCACAUCAAGGAGGAGUGAGUGGGUGAGUGAGUGAGUGAGUGGGUCACGCGGGUGCGGUGCAUGUGUUCUGUCUUUCACACAUACUGACAUGCAAAUGGUGCGUCCGUCGCUGGAACACUUAGUGGAUGGAUGGAUGGAUGGAUGGAUGGCUAGUGAGUGAAUGGCAUUGGUACAGUAAGUACACGGCUGACUGUCUGUUCCAUUUCAAUUGUGAAUCAAUC